AUGGCUUACUCCCGGAUGAUUACUGAUUAUUGUGGAUCAGUGCAACAGGCUGCAGAGUCGAAGCUGUUCCAAUCUUUGCCCUUGCAUAAUCGCACUCGUCUCCUAAUGCAUCCUUUGUCUGCCUGCCUGGAUAAAGAGCAAGACGUGCCAGCUCAAGGGUCAAGUGCCGCCGUCGCGGUGACCACUCCAGCUUCCUGGACUGGCUUUCGGACUCUAAUUCAGGAUCUGGCUUGCGCACUACCAUCUUAUUAUCGAAAGGGGAUUACCAGACUACCCGAGGCUCAUGGGAAAGCCAUCAUGCACCUGCAACAUGCAGAGGCACAAAAGCAGGUCGAUCUCAUUGAAGCACUCAUAACAUGGCGACUGGUCAAUGAGCUCUUACAGUGUCGGGGCAUAGACCAUGGGGAGUUUAAGGUUGAUUAUUCAAUUCAGUUCAAGCCGACAGUCAAACUCGUACAGUGGGUCGCACGAUUAGCGGAUUGGCUGGUUGUGUUGUUGCAAGCCACCACUGCCCAGGAAAGCACAACGGCGACACUCAAGCCCCUGCUUCUGAACAGCUUGACCAACCUUUCGACCGAACAACAGCAGCUCUGGGUGGAUUUGCAAGCUAUAUGGUCUUGGAAUCGGAGUGGGCACAUGAGUUACUGGCAGAAACUCCUUCACCUCAUGGAAGGGGUAGCAUGGCAAAUUCAUUGGAUCCGACGAACCCAUGGUGACCCAGUAGAGUAUGUGAACAAAUUGCGAUCCUUCACGAUUCAAAAUGGGAUGAACGAUAUCUGGGAACAAGUCGAGGCGAGUUUGAACACGUCUGGCCCCAGGAGUAAAGACUCGAUGGCCGCUUUGUUGAACUGUGCCACUAUUUCACUGCUCAUACUAUUCAAGUGGUCGUGGGAUGCAGCCCUCCUGCCCAUUCAGUGCUUGAUGUACUCCAGUUUGGUUGAUGAUCGAGACAAGCCCCCAGUACUCCAUAACGUUGAGCACGGAUUUUGGUCCUUGUUGUUGGCGGUUUCUGAGGGAUCGGUGUCUGCCGAGAGCAGGCUUAUUCUCUUUCUCAAAUUGUAUAGGUCAGAAAUACAGGCAGCCGUGCAGCCUAACCAUUUGAGGCCCUGGUUUGAAGCUGAUGUUCGAUUGAAACCACCCAAAGGCGGGCAAGGCUCCUCCAUCGAGACCACCUCAGAAACCCCUCAAGAGGAGGACAAGAACGCUAUCGCCGUUGCACCCAUUGGUGAGGAGGACAAACCUGAAGUAUCGUCGCAGCAAUCUUCACCAACCUCUGUAGUAGCGGCGAUCGAUUUUGGAGACGACACUCAAGAAGACCCAGCUGCUGAGAACCUGGCCGCAGUAGCCGGACUUCGACCCAGGAGGCAGAAACCGACAGAGACACUGUUACCGUCGCAUGACGAGGAUGGCGACGUGCAGCUCCCAGGAGAGAAGCCGAAGAAAAAAAAGAGUAGGAGGAACUGGAAGAAGACGAAGAGCAAGCCCAUGAUCAGUGAGGACGAGUCAGAGGCAUCCGCUGUGCCAGUCCCUCGGAAAAUCCACGAGCUAAACAGCCAAUCCAACCCCAGUGAGAGCGAAGGCACAUAUAUCGUGCUAGGAUCGCUACUCGCACUUUGGUAG